AUCAAGAUUAUAGAAUAUUAGAAUAUUUAUUAACAUAAUAAGUAAAGUGCCCAUAGAUACAUACUCUGGUGCAGUAGGUGGCGGUAUGCACCCUUUUCAAAGUCAUGGUUGCAACCCGCCAUUAAACCAAAAGAAGAUGAAGAGAAGACGGAAGUGAGCAGCAACGCUCGCGAGGAGGACGAGAGACAAAGCGGGACGGCGAAGCACCAUACUCGCUACAAGAAACAUCAAAAUGCUCAGAGAGUUGGUGAAGGAGCGACUAAUGGCGGCGGCCGAUGAAAUAUUGGCGCUGUUUGAAAGAACCGUAGCGUCCUACGAGGAGGAACUUUCUCGAACGAGAGAGGAGAAGGAGCGGUAUCGGCGAAAACUGGACGCUGUUUAUAAGACUCGCGUUAUGCUCCACAUUGAGGACAACCAGAAGCUGGUGCAUGCUCAUCAAGAAGAACGGCGGGGGGGCUCCACUUUCAGGUCCGCCCACGUGAAAGAGGAAGGCGAGGCGGAAGUCUCGGCCGUGCUGGACGGGGCGUGUCCUCUCGGGCCGGAGGAGGUGCCGCUGACGGUCGUCUCGGUGAAGAUGGAAGACGACGAAGACGAGCCCCCCGAGCCCUCGCACCUUCGUCACAGUCGGAGCGAGGAGGACGGGGAUGGAGACCACCGUGGGGGGGUGCGAGGGGGCAGCCUCUUGCCUCCGCUGUCAGAUGCCGAGGAUGAAGACAGGGAGCAUGGCCAACAAAGCGUGAGCAGCGACACGGAUUGCGACGGCGAUAUCAGGAUGCACGCCGACCACAAACGCUCCGAAUGCUCUCAAAAGAAAGCGGCUAAGAAACGUUUGACCUGCUCGUUUUGUGCUCAAGGGUUUGCGGGAAGGGGCCACCUGACCCGACACAUGCGGACGCACACAGGAGAAAAACCCUUCCGGUGCUCGGUUUGUGGCAAAACCUUCACCCAAAAUGCAAACAUGCUGUCGCACAUGAGAAAACACACGGGGGAAAAACCUUUUCGAUGCUCGGUGUGCGGCAAGACCUUCACUCAGAAGGUGACCAUGGAGUCGCACAUGAGGACCCACACGGGAGAGAAACCUUUCAGUUGUUCCGUGUGCGGCAAGCGCUUCUCCCAGAACGCCACGCUGCUGUCGCACGCCAGCACGCACACGGGAGAGAAACCUUUCAUUUGCCCCGUCUGCGGCAAGAGUUGCUCCCUCAAGGUGGGCUUGAACCGACACAUGCGAACGCACACGGGAGAGAAGCCGUACUCCUGCUCACUCUGUGCCAAAACCUUCACCCGACGCUACAAUCUGACCGCUCACGUGCGAACACACCACGCUCAGGAAAGGUUCCCCAAAUCAUGAACGCCAUGAUGAGGGCACAUGACCUCCGAGUCAGCGUCGCGAGUCAGCCCGCGGAGGAUGGAUGGAUGGUGGAUGAUUAUGAAUAUGUCAGUGAUAAUGAACAGUGUUUAUGCUGUGUGUUAUUAAUAUUGCAUUGUUUACAAUAAAGAGCAUUUCCAUCCUCACCUUGUGU